CUUUCCAACCAGUACCAUCCUGCCAGUUGACUCAGAGCCCGCUGUCGUGCCUGUUGACUCAGAGCCCACUGUCGUGCCUGGUGACUCGGUGCCCACUGCCUUGCCAGAUGACGUGACGUGGUGCCCGCUGUCUUGCCAGAUGACCUGAUGCCUGGUGACCCGAUGCCCGCUGUCGAGCCAGACGAUCCAAUGCCUGAUGACCCAGUGCCCGCGGUCAUGCCUGGUGACCCGAUGCCUGCUGUCGAGCCAGACGAUCCAAUGCCUGAUGACUCGGUGCCCGCUGUCGAGCCAGAUGAUCUGAUGCCUGAUGACGCGGUGCCCGCUGUCGUGCCAGUUGACUCAGAGCCCACUGUUGUGCCUGGUGACCCGUUGCCUGAUGACCCAGUGCCCGCUGUCAUGGCUGGUGACCCGAUGCCCACUGUCGUGCCUGAUGACCCGGUGCCCGCUGUCGAGCCAGAUGACCUGAUGCCUGGUGACUCGAUGCCCGCUGUAGAGCAAGACGAUCCAAUGUCUGAUGACCCG